GUUGCUCGAGCCGCCAUGUUGGUCGAACCCCGGCCCCGCGACCAGGUGUCCCGGCCCGUCAUGUCGGGCAGCAGCAGGCCCGUCCACAAGCGGCCCCGGCCCCGGCCCCGGCCCCGCACCAAGCUGGCGGCCGAGCAGCGGCGGGAGGAGGAGCAGCGGAGCCGCAACUUGCGGCGGCUGCAGGAGGGGCACGAGGAGGAGGACGAGCGGCGGCUGGAGGAGUUGGUGUUCGGCGGCGAGACCGCGCUGCUGGAGAGGCUGCAGCCAGCACAGGCGGCGGGCGUGGGUCAAACCUUGCUGGAUGAAGACUCCAGUGACUCUGAGGUGGAAAAUGAGGCCAGGUCCAGUGUCCCCCCGUGCAAGAAAGCAGCUUGGGUGGAUGAGGAGGACGGACUGGAGGAUGAAGUGGAAAUGACACAUCGAUUCCGGAAAAAUCUACAGAAAAGCGCAAAAGAGAAGACCCUCACUGUAGCAAAGCUGCAGCAGAGACUGAGAGAGCAGUUCCAGAGUGCAAUGGGCGGAACACCAUCGUGGGCAGAGAGGAAGGAUAAGAAGACAAAGGACAAGAAAGACUCGGACGAAGAAAGUGACGAUGAAGACGAUGAUUUAUUACGAAAAACUGGGGAUUUCGUAUCCACCUCUGCUGCCCUUCCCAAAGAUGUGUUAGAGAUAAAAACGUGCACAGAUGCCAACCAUUGCCGGCCAUCAGACAGCAGACUGACGACAACUCAAUUCCAUCCUCUGGCUCAAGUCAUCCUCACAGCUGGGAGAGACCGAGCCAUCUCACUCUUUCAGGUUGAUGGAAAGACCAACCCCAAAAUUCAGUGUGUCUGCCUGGAGAAGUUUCCCGUGUAUAAGGCCCGGUUCAGCGCCGACGGUGAGCAGGUUAUCGCCACAACCAACCGCGGCAAGCUGUUCUACAUCUACGACAUGAUAGCGGGCAAGAUCAUCCCUGUCACCAACGUCAGAGGGUUACCGGAAUGGGAAGUCAUGAAGUUUGAGGUCUCACCGGACGGCUCGUUGCUGCUGCUCACUGGCUCUUCCGGCUACCUGCACCUUCUCUCCAUGAAGACCAAAGAGUUGGUGGGCAGCAUGAAGAUCAAUGGCCAGGUGGUGGGAGCUGCCUUCUCUCCAGACGGCGGUAUGCUGUACACAACCUCUGAUGACGGGGAGGUUUACGUGUGGGACGUGAAGAGCAGGAGGUGCGUGAACAGGUUCACCGAUGAAGGCUGCCUGAGGGGAACGUGCAUCGCAGUCUCUCACAACGGGCAGUACGUUGCCUGCGGGUCCAGUUCUGGAGUUGUCAAUGUUUACUCACAAGACAGCUGCUUGGUGGAAACUACCCCAAAACCAAUCAAGGCCAUCAUGAACUUGGUUACUGCAAUAUCGUCAGUCUCCUUUAACCCCACCACCGAGAUCUUGGCCAUUGCUUCAAAAUCCAUGGAUGAUGCAGUCAAACUGAUCCACAUCCCGUCUUUCACGGCGUUCUCGAACUUCCCGAUAUUCCGGCGCAGGACCAUUUACCAGGCCCAGGCGAUGGACUUCUCCCCCAGGAGCGGCUUCUUCUCCAUUGCCAGUAACAAUGGCCGAGCCCUGUUGUACAGGGUGAAGCACUACAACGACUUCUGACCGACAGCCAGACUGUCGGCUGGUUGGGCUUGGUUCACCGUGGCAGCCUGAAGUUAAGUCCUGUCCCACAUGGCUUCAGUCCUCCAGGCACAAGGAGCAAGGUGGUUGUUUCUGUGAAAUGUCUGACUGUGCUUUCUCCCAUCGUGGAGCUUUCUGUUUAAUAAAUAAACCUGUUGUUAGCCCGUGAA